AUGAUGAUUUGUGGCUUGUUAGAGAGGCAAAGAAAUGUGCAAGGGCAUGGAAGACGCUGGAUUUUCUCCAAAGUCAUGGGUCUUGAACUCAAUGCACACAAGACCGGAAGUGUGUUUUUGACAAAGGAGGAAGACUUCAGCUACGAAGACUCACAGGUCGCAGCCAAUUUGCCGAGCGGUCCCGUAUCAAUUGGAUUCUUGUACUUAGAUCCAAAGUCGGGAGAAUGGCUGAUCAACAAGAACGACGUCGAUGCUCAUGUGAAGCAACUAGCGAAGCAACUUGCGAACUCAACUAGCAUUCUAUCCUGGGUACAAACUUGGAACAGCUGCAUCGGUCGAUUCUUCAGUCACACCUUUGGAGAACCUGCCAACUGUUUGGGAAUGAAGCAUGUCGACUCUAUUCUCGAGACAUACAAGUACAUUCAGGAAAUCAUAUUCCCGGGCAGCAACUUAAGCACCUACCUCAAAGGUCUGAUAAACGAGCGCUUCGGAGUUGCAGACGUCCCAGAUGCGUUCAUAUUUCUCCCCGAAUCACUUGGAGGACUCGGCGUUCGGAGCCCGUUCAUCAGUCCACUAUUAGUCCGUAAGGCCGUGUUAAAUCCAAUCGAAAUCGUGGACAAAUUUUUCGAAAAGGAGAAGGAAAAAUAUGACGCUUCGAAGGCCUGUUACGAAUCACUGAGCCCCCAGGCGAAGAAAAGACAACUGCAUCUAACCUACACUGACAAGUAUGGUGACGCGAAGACUUCAUCUGCUCCAAGCGAUACGGACGCAUUCAUGAGCUUCGAAGAAAUACAUCUCUUGCCGCGAAUCUGUCAGCCCAGAGCUACAGUGCACCUAUCAAGAACUGAUGGGAGUUCCACAUCAACAGCACAUUGUGACAUCAGAGAAGGUAAACCAGGCUAUCAGACAGCUUGGAUUGUGGCAGCCUGA